AAACAUUUGUUUAGAUAUACACUGCCCGGACAAAAUACGGCCAUCAAAUAAAAAUGGCACCAUUAAAAUUAGUUUAGAAUUAUUAUUCAUGCACUAAAUCGGUACAAGCACCCGCCGUAUAGAUCAUAUAUGUAUGUAUGUAUAUCUAAUUAAUAUAUGUUUGUAGGAGUAUCGCAUAAGAAAGGCAAGCUCUCUCCGGCGCCGUGACAGCGCAGCCAUGAAGCCCGGGAAGAGCGAUGCCGGAAUACUUGUUCCGCUCCUACCGGAGGUUCAACCGGAAGAUCAUCGGAGGUCGGAGGGCGGUGCAUCCAUUUCCGGGGCGAUUUUCAACGUGUCCACGAGCAUGGUCGGUGCCGGAAUCAUGUCGAUUCCGGCGACUCUAAAGGUCUUGGGGAUAAUUCCGGGUUUCAUCGCGAUCCUGAUUGUUGCUUUCUUGGUGGAAGUCACGGUGGAGUUCCUACUCAGGUACACGCAUUCCGGCGAGUCGAAUACCUACGGUGGCCUCAUGGCCGAGUCAUUUGGGAAGCUUGGAUCGGUUGCUCUGCAAGUUUGUGUCAUCGUAUCCAAUCUUGGUGCUCUCAUCAUUUAUUUGAUCAUAAUUGGAGAUGUUCUCUCAGGAAAUCAGUCUGAAGGAACAUUGCAUUUGGGCAUUCUACAAGAAUGGUUUGGCACCCACUGGUGGAAUUCACGAGUGUAUACACUUCUUUUCAUUGUACUCUUUGUUAUGCUCCCGUUGCUCUUGGUACGCCGUGUAGAGUCACUAAGGCAUGCUUCAGCAGUAUCCAUUCUCCUAGCAGUGGUGUUUGUUGCCAUUUGUGCAGCGAUGGCAAUUUAUGGGAUGUGGGAAGGGAAGACAGAAAGAGUAAGACUGGUACCAGACUUUGCCAAUGGAGUCUCCUUCUUCUAUCUUUUCACUACCAUUCCAGUCAUUGCAACUGCAUUUGGAUGCCAUGUCAGUGUUCAUCCAAUAAGAGCAGAGCUUGGGAGACCUUCCGAUAUGAGUUCAGCAGUCAGAAUUUCUCUAGUACUGUGCGUAGCCAUCUACUUUGCUGUUGGCUUCUUUGGGUAUGUGCUAUUUGGGGACUCGAUCAUGGCGGACGUGCUUGUCAACUUCGAUCAAAGUUCUCAUUCCGUGGUCGGUUCAAUAAUCAAUGACAUUGUUCGAUUAAGUUAUGCUAUCCACCUCAUGCUGGUGUUUCCUGUCUUUAACUUUUCCUUGAGGGCCAAUCUGGAUGAACUACUAUUUCCAAAGAAGAGUCUUUUGGCCACAGACUCUCGAAGAUUUGUCUCUCUUACCUGUGCUUUACUUGCAUUCAUCUACAUGGCAGCGAUAGCUAUCCCGAACAUAUGGUAUAUCUUUCAGUUCAUGGGAACAACCACUGUCAUGUGCCUAAUGUUCAUAUUCCCAAGCGCAAUCAUUCUUAGAGAUGUUCAUGGUAUAUCUACAAGAAAAGAUAGGAUUAUGGCGACAUUGGUGAUCAUCCUGGCUGUUGGGACGAGCUUAAUUGCCAUUUCUUGUAAUGUGUAUAGUUCAGUUGGCAACAAGUGAUGGUUUUAUUGUUCUCUCUCUUGGUCAGGAGUGGAAUGAGCUCUGAAAUAGUAACAAAGAUGCCAUCAUACAGACAAUUGUGGUGAUACAUAGCUUUUCCCUGUAAUUGAAGGAUGUAUUUCCUUUUGUGCUAUUUAUACUUCAAAUUACAUCUAUCAAAGCAUCAGCAAACCGGCCGAACCAUGCAUCUGAUAUCGUGGGUGUGUACGUCGGCCUUCUUCCUUAAAUAAGAGCUGGAGAGAGUCCAUAUUUCUUCUUCUUCACAAUUAAGGGACAUAAAAGGAAACAGGUAAUUGUUAUUUUGGCUUGUGAUGUGUGAUUUGGCAAUGAACAGGUUAUAAUAAUUAGACUGGUCCCAUAAAUGGUUGUGAGAUUAUAUUGUCGUUAUUUUUUUCCAA